UGACAGAGAGACAAAAAAUAAGCCACCAAAGUGUUUGUGUUUUAUUUAUCAACUCCCUUAACCUGUACAAAUGACUGCUCACAAUCUCUGCUUCAAUUCACCUUUUGUUUGCAACGUUCAUCAUCAAAACACUCAGCAUUUCCCUUGUAACGCAAUCUCCAAAACGACCUCGGCUCAUGCUGUCACCGCCCGCCGCCGUUCCGCCAGUUAUCGUCCACCUCUAUGGGAUCAUCAAUAUCUCCUCUCACUCGAGAAUAUAUAUGUGAAAGAAGCUGAAACCGCGGAGAAAGCUAAAUUGUUGAAAGAAGAGGUGAGGAAGACACUAGGUGAAAUUGAAGGUACUAUUGAGCAGCUGGAAAUGAUCGAUUCUUUGCAAAGACUCGGAAUCUCAUAUCACUAUAAACACGAAAUUCAUGAUAUUUUGAAAAACAUUCAUGACCAACACGGCGAAAUUGAGAGGGAAGCACAAGAUCUUCAUGCUACAUCACUUGAAUUUUUUCUCCUAAGGCAACAUGGUUUUGAUGUCUCGGAAGAUGCUUUUGACGUUUUCAUAAGUGAGGCCGGGGUAUUCAGAAAAACUCUACGCAGCGAUAUCAAAGGGUUACUCUCUCUAUACGAAGCUUCUUAUUUUUCAACGGAUUCGGAGUUUAACCUCAAGGAGACUAGAAUUUAUGCAAAAAAGCGAUUAAGUGAGUUUGUCGCGGAAAGUAGCAAAACUAUUUGCAGAGAAGAUGAAACUUAUAUAUUUGAGAUGGUGAAACGAGCACUAGAGACGCCGUACCAUUGGAGCAUACGAAGAUUAGAAGCAAGAUGGUACAUAAAUGUGUACGAACACAAGCAUGAAAUGAACCCUCUCUUGCUUGAGUUUGCAGCAAUUGAUUUCAACAUGUUACAAGCUAAUCACCAAGAAGAACUUAAACUAAUUUCUAGUUGGUGGAACAGCACAGGACUUAUGAAACAACUUGAUUUUGUGAGAGACCGAAUCACAGAGAGUUAUUUUUGGACCAUUGGAAUAUUUUACGAGCCAGAGUUAAAAUACUGCCGCAUGAUACUCACCAAAAUAUUCAUGUUAAUUGCGAUUAUGGAUGAUAUCUACGAUAUCUAUGGUACAUUAGAGGAGCUCGAGAUUUUCACAAAUGUUGUCGAAAAAUGGGAUGUGAACCAUGUUGAAAGACUUCCCAACUACAUGAGAAUUUGUUUUCUUUUUCUAUACAAUGAGAUCAACCAAAUAGGAUACGAUGUUCUCAGAGACAAAGGACUUAACGUUAUCCCUUACCUCAAACAAGUUUGGACGGAUCUAUUUAAAACGUUCCUAACGGAAGCAAAGUGGUACAAAACUGGACACAGACCAAGUUUCGAAGAAUACAUGCAAAACGGUGUGAUCUCGAGUUCUGUCCCAACGAUACUGCUCCACCUUUUCUCCGUCCUAUCCGACCACAUCUCCGACCAAACCCUAACCGAUGUUUCCAAAAACGACUCUGUCGUCCGGAGCUGUGCCACCAUUCUCCGUCUCGCUAAUGAUCUCGCCACCUCAACGGAUGAGAUGGCAAGAGGAGAUUCCCCAAAGUCAGUCCAAUGUUACAUGUAUGAGACAAGAGCCAGUGAGGAAGAGGCACGUAGACACAUGCAAAGUAUGAUCAGCGACUCUUGGGACGUCAUAAACUCCGAUUUUAAAACAGCACACACUUCUUCUCUUCCUCGUGGUUUCGUGGCAGCCGCCGCAAAUCUUAACCGCGUGGUACAGUGUAUCUACCAGCACGGUGAUGGCCACGGCAGCCCCGAAAAGACCAAGACCGUUGAUUAUAUCCAAUCUUUACUCUUCAAUCCCGUUCCGUUAUAGGAUUGUAAAUUUGCAUUUGCCGCAUUAUAGAUAUGUCUACAUAGGAAAAUAGUAUUUGGUAUGCUUCACAUUAAUUAUAAAUGUUCUCAAAUUAG